AUGAUCAUCUCAGCCGCCGAACAACUACUGCGGCACCUGCAAUUCGCCGCCUCUGUAAUAACUCUGCUAUUCACUUUCUUCUCGUUUCUCGUUAAUUAUGGAUCCUCUACAACUGGAAAGACGUCCGGUCCGCGCAAAUCUGCUGUCAUUGUCGCUUCAACCGGAUGCAUGUUCGCAUAUUAUGUCACUCAAGUCAUCAUUGUGUUCCGAGGGCGCCAUGAGCUUGCACAAAUACAGGACCGUAUUAUGACUACGAUCAUCCUGUCCUUAGCAUGGGGUUCGCUUUGCACACGCAGACGCUCUUGGUUGCCAGAGUUAACCGGCAUCAGUGUCAUUUCACUCGUCUCUGGGAUUCCUGUCUUGGUCGUGGAUGCGAUAUAUAGAGCCCGUUACGCCACAUACAAAGCCCUACUUGUUGCGGAAUGUCUUCCGCUAGUUCACGCGAGCUUCUUGCUAGCAUACUGUUUGAUUAUCUAUUUGCGCUUGCGGAUGACGAGUGCGAGGCUAGUCGAGGAGGAAACGAGGUCCGGCCUCAGCGACUCAGACAGUCCUAUAACCUCCGAGCGAUACCGCGACCAUUGCAGCAACCAGGACUCGGACUCGGAAUCAGAUACAGGCAGCUCGGAUGAGGGAGACGAGGAAGAUGUUGACACUCGGACCGGGGAGCUUCGUAAGUCAGGCCAUUGGAUAGACUAUCUCUCCAACUUCAAGGUCUUCCUACCGUUCCUCAUCCCGCAAAAGGAUAUCAAAGUUCAAUUGUGCUUUCUAGUCUGUGUACUAUGCUUGAUUGCCGAUCGUGUGUUAAAUGUGGUGGUGCCUACUCAGCUGGGUAGCAUCGCGAACAAGCUUUUCACACAAGACCUUGCUCUUUCAGAUCUCGGGAUAUACUUUGCUUUGAACAUUCUCCACGGGCAGUCAGGCUUGGAGAUGCUCAUGUCAUUGGCUAAGAUUCCCAUCCAGCAGUUCUCUUACCGACAGCUCACCAACGCCGCCUUCAGCCACGUCAUGGACCUCACGAUGGAAUUCCACUCUGAGCGAGACUCUGCCGAGGUCAUGAAGUCUAUCGAGCAAGGCGCCGCGCUCACAAAUGUCUUGGAAACCGGCUUCCUAGAGAUAGCUCCAGCGGUGAUUGACCUGUUUGUUGCAUUUGUCCUUCUUUACGUCAAAUUCAACUCACUAGCGGCAUUGUGCAUGCUGAUUGCGACGCUGACAUUUCUGUCCCUGGAAGUCGCAGCAUCCCGCUGGAACGUCGACAAUCGCCGGCAGCUGACGAAGGCUGAACGAGGCGAGGCGCGUGUGAUGCAUCAAGCUAUUCAAGGCUGGCUGACGGUUUCGGCAUUCAACAUGUUCGCGUAUGAGAAACGCCGCUUUGCAGAGGCAGUCGACCACCACCUUACCGCAAAACGAAAGUGGUCCUGUCGCGAUGUGUACUCGACUGGCUUAAUGGAGGCAUGCUUCCCUGCUUCUUUUGUAGUCCUUGCAUGCGUCGUCGCCCAUGAGAUCACUCAAGGCCGGGCGUCUCCAGGGGACUUUGUGUUUCUGAUACAGUACUGGGACUAUCUCAUUUGGCCGAUCAAGUAUUUGACCAAGGAUUACAGGUGGUUGAUCGCAGACUUGAUCGAUGCUGAACGGCUGCUCGACCUGCUUACCACCAAGUCGACAGUUUCUGACAAGUGUGAUGCGUUCGAUCUUGGUCCGGUUCAGGGAUAUGUUGAAUUUGAGAAUGUGUGCUUUGCAUACAAUACCAAGGAGCCGGCUGUCCGUGACAUCAAUAUCUCUGCAGCUCCCGGGGCCAUUGUCGCCCUAGUUGGCACCACUGGAGCUGGAAAGUCUUCACUGAUGAAGCUAUUACUUCGCCAUUAUGAUGUGACGUCUGGGGGUAUCAAAAUCGACGGCCUUGAUAUUCGCGACAUCACAAAAGGUUCUCUCCGCAAUGCUUUGGGCAUUGUCCCGCAAAACCCUCUCCUUUUCAAUGCCUCGAUUAUAGAUAAUCUCCGAUACGCCAACUUGGAUGCCUCUGACGAAGAGGUCUAUCGAGCAUGUCAAGCGGCUGCAAUCCACGACAAGAUUCUUACUUUUCCACAGGGCUAUCAGACCAAAGUCGGGGAGCAGGGUGUCAAAUUAUCUGGUGGCGAGGUCCAGCGCUUAGCGAUUGCGCGAGCCAUUCUAAAGAAUCCACCCAUUCUCAUACUGGACGAGGCAACCAGUGCCGUCGACACUGAAACAGAGGCCCAAAUACAAGACGCCCUCAGAUAUCUCAUCAAGGACCGGACAACGUUCGUUAUCGCACACCGGCUUUCAACAGUGAUCAAGGCAGAUCGCAUCUUUGUGCUGGAAAACGGUAGCAUUGCUGAAAGCGGGACUCAUCGGGAAUUGCUUGAAAAGCACGGUCGAUACUACAGCCUCUGGCAUACACAACUGCAUGAAAAUGAGGAUCCUAUGAUGAUAGAUAUAGAGUCUACCGACUGA